UACUGUCACAGUAACCUGGUGAAGUAAAGAUAGAAGGCUUUUGGCUCACAGUCUUCUCUUCUGCUCAGGUAUGUAUUCUCUAUUCCCUCUUCGGUUCUCUCUCUUUCAGGUCAGGAUUGUAGAGUUUACACUGCCGAUCUGCCUGGCAGCUCUAUUUGACUACUCACUGUGCAUUUCCUCCUGCCUGCUGCUCCAGUAUUCAAAUGCUGCCAUUCUUUACACCACAGAGGUAGAGAGAAACUAAAAAAGAAAGAAAGUGGUGGAGUGACUCUUGGUGUUUUUGUUUUUCUAUGUAAAACGUGUCAGGAAAAGCGUGGUAGAUGUACAAAGAGAGAGAGAGAGAGAGACAGCACUGAGAAAAGACACUAACACAUCUCAUUCUCUCCAAAAGGCAACAAAGACGCAAACUACAGCCUCAACGUCCAGGACACCUGCCUCAUCUGACGGGGUAAGAGAAGAGACGUCUUGAGAUGAACUUGCCACAUCGCCAUGGAUCUUGAAAAUGCCCGUUGACUUCCCUUUCCCUCACCUCCUCCCUUUGUCAUGGAGUCUGACCCGAACUCCCUCCGUGACCCCUACAAAUCUGUGGAUGACAACGUUGAGCCCCCCGAUCUGGAAUGCGCCAUCUGUUUCUGCCAGUUCAACAACGUCUUCAACACCCCUAAGGUACUCCAAUGCAAGCACACCUUCUGCCUGGAGUGUCUUGCGCGGAUGAACGUGAAGUCCACCCAACCCGACACCAUCCAGUGCCCUCUGUGCCGCGCAUACACCCCGUUACCCGACUUGGGUCUUCCCAAGCUAGCAAAUGACUCCACGGUGCUGUCUUACCUUCCGGCCGCCAUGCAGCACGUCUACAGCAUCCGCUUCAACCGCAACAAAGGCAAACUGCAGGUGAAGAGAGUGCCCAGCUCUGCCCCGGCUCUAACGCAAACCAUCAGCCAGACUCUGGACGUCGGGAACCCAGCGGGCUUGGAGGGUCAGCGGGGCAGAGACGGGGGUAGAGAGAGGUCCCUACUGAUGACCGUACUGCGAAUGCCACUGUGCAAAGCUUUUAUUAUGAGCAUGGUGGCAAUAGUGACCGUCAUUCUCACCAUUGUUAUCAUCAUCACCAACAGGAAGUAAGCCCAAAUACUUUGGUUUUUACAUGUACGCUAGAGCAUGCGUACAGUGGCGUAACACGAACAUCACGCGCAGCUUGAUUUUUCCAAUGUACGUACAAUGUACGCACAGCUUGCACAUGCGCUUUGAAAUUUUUUUUUUUGCACUAAAUAGGUUGUCCACAAGGUGGCGACACUGGUUCGGCCCGUUGUUUCGUAGUCGGAAAAGAAAUGGAAUGAGAACAGUAACAAACUACGAUGACAAAAACAAUAUAGACUUCUGCAUUGACAAGCGAUUGUCUGAGGGGAUUAAAAUACACCAGCGACAAAAAA